AUAAGUAGCACGCAGAGGCAGCCAUCUCUCCCACACUCAUCCAAACCACACUGCUAGAGCUAGCUGCAAGACAUCCAAAGUAUCCAGCAAUAUGGCACCGAGAAACAAUGUCAUCUUCCUCCUUGGGCUGCUCCUCUCGUGCGUCGCCACGAGCGGCGCAUCGAGAAUCCUGGAGGAGGAGGCGAUCAAGGAAGCAGAGCACACUCCACACCUUACGGUGCCGGAGCUGCCAUCGCUGCCCAAGGUUGAGCAGCCGCCGUUCCCGGAGGUACACCUCCCGGCCAAGCCAGAGCUGCCACCGUUUCCGGAGGUGCACCUUCCGGCAAAGCCAGAGCUGCCCAAGGUCGACCUUCCUCCGUUUCCGGAGGUGCACCUUCCGGCCAAGCCAGAACUGCCCAAGGUGGAGCUGCCGCCGAAGCCUGAGAUGCCCGAGUUCCACUUCCCGGUGCCGGAGGCCAAGCCAUGAGCCAGAUCCUGAACUGUCUUCACUUUUGUUCUCCCGCUCGUUCUCGUGUUGCUCGUGUUAUGCCGUGGUUGUGAUAGUUGGGGUUUUCGACAAGUUGUGCGAGUGAUGCACUGGUGUCUACUUAGCUGGGAUAUGUACAUUUGGAUUUGUAUAUGCAUGUACGCAGCGGUCCCAUGUUUACAGUGGUUUAUACAAAAGUUGUUAUGAUCUGAUCA